AUGAAGGCCUUUUUAGAGAAAUGUCUUUCAGUGGAUCAUCUCUCCCAGCUGUUGAGUAACUACAGCAGCUCACAGGGGCUUCAGAUGGAGGAUUUCUUCAGCGUGGCUCCUGGCUGCUCUUUGUUCCUCAGCGCUCCGCUGGAGACCUGCAGGGCCAUACAGGACGGCCGCUGGGGCGUAGAGACCGAACACUUCAUCGAAAUGAUCUAUGGCCACAACCACGACUAUAACAGCACCACCGAUCAUCCUCCUCAUGGAGACAUCACUGGAAAUCAGGGUUUGGAGAAGAUGUUUAACGAGAUGGAGAAAUACUAUCAGCCUGACACGCAUGAGCCCUGUCUCACUAUGAAGGACAUCUUGGAAGGGAGCAGCCAUCAGCACGGCGAUCACACGCACACAGAGCUGGACUCGGUGAUGGGAAACGUCCUCUAUCACGCCCUGCGCGGAGACUGCAUGAAAGCACAUGACCUUCCUGAGCAGCAAUACUUCCUGGAUUACAUCUUCAGCCAUUUCGGCUCUGACAGUCUCACGCUUCAUGGGCUUCUGAAGGCUUUAAACCUGGGUGGAGGGAAACAUGACCAUGAUGCUGAAAAGCAGCACAGCAGAAACAGCCACAGUGAUGUGGAUGCUCAUCGGACCAACAGCAGCUGGGACACGGCCUGUUUCAGCGCUGAAGACCUGUUGAGGAUUCACCGGCUGAACUCUUCAUCGCUGAGCAGAGAUCAGUUCACACAGAUCAGCCCUGCUCUGAUUCAGCAGAUCCUCAGCGGAGGCUGUUCUGAGAUCAGUCCUGCACCUGUGAGCCCGGAUUCACUCAGCACUGCCGAGAGAUAUGGAUGCGCCACACUGGCCAACCUCCUCAUCUGUCUGAUGGCCAUGUUUAGGAUCGUGGUGCUGCUGUUCUCCGCAUGUACGCAAGUGUUCGAGCUCUGCAUCCAGUUCUGCAUCAGUCUGGCUGUGGGAUCUCUGACGGGCGACGCUCUGCUGCAUCUGCUGCCCGCGUUCUUAGGCCUCCACGUUCACGACCAUGCAGAGGAAAACUUGGAUUAUGUGUACAAACUGCUGGUGCUUAUUGCGGGCAUCUAUUUUUUCUACCUGAUGGAAGGCAUCUUCUCCAUCAUUACCCGCCGAGAACAUCACCAUAAUCAUGAUGAAGAGGAGUCUGAUGUUCAUCACAAAGUCCUGCAGAUGUUCCAGCGAGAGAAACAGAACAAACACUCCAGCUCACAGGCCGAUCUGGUGGAUGCCGAAAAAAGAGAAAAGUCCUUCCUUGAACCUGUUAUCCCCAAAAAAGAGCAGCGUUUGCUUCCCUAUAUGAUCACCAUUGGAGACAGCAUCCAUAACUUUGCGGACGGUCUGGCGAUCGGCGCGGCAUUCUCCAUCUCGUGGCGGUCCGGUCUGGCCACGUCUCUGGCUGUGCUCUGCCAUGAGCUGCCGCAUGAGUUAGGUGAUUUUGCGAUCCUGUUACACUGUGGUUUGUCGGUCAAACGGGCUCUGCUGCUGAACGUGGCCAGCUCUCUCACCUCCUUCAUCGGCCUGUACAUCGCUCUGUCUGUCUCCACGGAAACGGUUGCUAAGGAGUGGAUUUCGGCUGUCACUGCCGGCCUCUUUCUGUACGUUGGUCUGGCAGACAUGCUUCCCUCUCUUGUUCACGUGGACAGUAAAAGACCUUGGCUGAUAUUUUUACUGCAGAAUCUGGAACUUUUGAGCGGUUGGGGCAUUUUGUUGCUCUUGUCCUUUAAUGAAGACCAAAUAGGGCUCUAA